AUGAGAAGCACAUGGACGUCAUGUAGAUACAAGGGCAUUGAGAUAGCCAAACGAAAGUGUCCAAUGGAUCCAUUGGAUCCAUUGGACACCGUGUUUUCCGUUGGAAAAAUAUUUGUCAGAUGGAUCAAAUGGGCAAGUGAUUUCGCGUGCGGGCAUAACAUUGCUACAGCAGUUAGCGAAUA